CUCAGGGAGAUGAUAGGAAAGUGACACAGCCACCCUCCCCUCUCACCCGACCAAGGCGAGCCACUGACAGCAUCACCGACAUGCCCCGCAAGGCAGAAAGCUCUUAGCCGGUGAGGCUGGUCUGUUCAACUACAAUAUACAAUCUUUCACAAGAUAUUCGACGGCUGCUUAUUUUUAAAAAUAAGAGGUUGCAAGGCUGGCGUGUCUCUGAACAUAAUCAGCCAUGGCUUCAGCAAAUGUUACUCUAGAAAAUCAGCUGCACAGUGCACAGAAAAACCUGCUCUUCCUCCAGCAGGACCAUGCCACCACGUUGAAGGGGCUACACACAGAGAUCCGCAGAUUACAACAGCAAUGCACAGAUCUGACAUAUGAACUCACUGUGAGAAGCUCUGACCCCUCAGACAGCAGCGAGGUCCGCUGCAGGGAGCUGCAAAGGAGGUGUGAGGAACUCGAGGCCCAGCUGAAGAAGAAGGAGGAGGAGAACACAGAGCUGCUCAGGGACCUUGAGCAGAAGAACGCCAUGAUCUCCGUCCUGGAAAACACCAUUAAGGAGAGGGAGAAGAAGUACCUGGAGGAGCUCAAGAUGAAGAGCCACAAACUGGCUGUUUUGUCCGGGGAGCUGGAACAGAGAGCGAGCACUAUUGCUUACCUAACCUCACAGCUUCACGCCACCAAGAAGAAGCUGUUAGCUGGCAGUUCGUCUGAGGCCAGCCCCAACGUUAGUCCAGUCACCUCAUACAAGCCCACGCCUCCACCAGCCAAGGACAGGCAGCCUGAAACCCCACGCCGCCGCAUGAAGAAGAGUCUCUCCCAGCCUCUUCACCCGGAGUUGACCGAGGUGUAUCGGCUCGGCUCGGACAGUAGGCGGCUGGUUCUGCGGGAGACGGUAGAUGCCAUGCCCGACCCCACACCCUUCCUGCAGGCCGGGAGAGACUCUCCCGAACCGCAGGUAGUGCGAGAACGGCCUGCCGUCAUCCCUCCUAUUGCCUCUGAGCGCUCCGCUGUCACUCCUCUGGGUGCUUCGGCCAGCCCUCGUCACAGCCCCGCUCGGGACCGGCAGUACAGGGCUCAUGUGGGCGUGGCGCACCGCAUCCCACAUGGCACCUCUCCCCUGGCUCCACCGCAAGCAGAGCUGGAGACACUGGCGGUGGACCAGGUCAGUGACGAGAAGGUUGUGCGGAAGCGCUCGGGAACUGACAGGACAGUUUAACACUGCAAUGCUAACAUGCAUAUAAACGCACACACACAUCUACUGUAUAAACACUGCAAGAGCAGGACGGAGCCUGACCCACUGUGUAGCCUGCUUUUUACACAACACUGCAAUAUGAAAAGAAAGUACAUUAUCAUUUUGUUCAUGAUAUUCCAUACUUGACUUGUUUUUCUUGAUAUAAAUUAUAAAAUGACAACUAUAAAGCAUGCCAAAUGUUUCUUAUUUACAACCCAAUGAGCUCUUGUAUUAUACACAUCUUGACCUUUUGCUUAGACUUUCUCUUCAUUCUGUCGUUUGUGGUGCAUACAACGAAUUCUCUGCCAAAUAUCUGCAUCAGUGCCUGCUCAACUGGAUCAACAAUACACAAGCUGUGUAGUGAAGUCAUGGCUCAUAGUUAUCUUUACAUAUCUCUGUCUGCUCGUUCUUCUCAACAACAGUCUGGACGUAUCCACAAACUAUAUAACAAGAAGUCUGCAGCUGCAUAGGAUAGAACUGAAAUUAUUAAACUAAUACUCCCCGAAUGUCUUUCAUCUUCUUGUGAUAUCAGUAUAAUAAUGUUCCUGUAAGUACAAGCUGCAAAAAAUGUGCAAUCGAGAUUUGUUGGCGAAAGGUGAAGAAGCUGUAAUUUCAUCUUUCUUAUGUUGGCUUGCAAAACAGCAGCGGUGCACAUGUGUGAAUGUAGUAUGACAUGAUAGUGAACAGGGCGUAUAUGUGUGAGUGUGUGUGUGAGUGUGUGAGUGUGUGAGUUUCAGAGAGACUUCAAAGGCCAUUGAGAGAAUUAAGUUUUGGCUUAAACAAUAUCCACUAAUGUUAUUUGUGAUACAAGGGCAUUUUUGAAAACUCUGCUGUAAUAGGAUUUUGUGAUAUUAUUACCUGUACUUUAUAAAGGCUGUACAUUUGUAAUGAAUUCUUUUUUAAUUUAUUGUUUAAUAGAGAACACAAAGGCACCCUCACAUAUUGACAGUAGUCACUGCACCUCCAACAUGACGGUAAUUAUAAUCAAUUAAUAACCUGCUUUUCACAUUAGUAUCACUUGUCCUUGAAAUAAACAUAUGAAUCAAUACAAUAAAGCAAAGCUUUUUUUCUGG